ACGUCCCCAAAUUCGAACCACAACCAAAACAACGCUGACGCCCCACCGUCACCACCCCAAGAAUACAAAUAUUUCCAUGAAGCCGGCUUCUCGCUCGAGCUAAGCCACUACGACGCGCGCUUCUUCCGGGGGCCGGUGCCCUACGCGACGCACCGCGCCAUCCUGACGCACCUGAUCCGCAGCUACCUGUCAACCUUCCGCGUGACGCUCGGCCUCGAGACAUGGCUCGCGCACGGCACGCUUCUGGGGUGGUGGUGGAACGGCCGAAUCAUGCCGUGGGACUUUGACGUGGACGCGCAGGUGAGCGGGGCGACGCUGGCCGUGCUGGCGGAGCGGCACAACGGCAGCAUGCACGAGUACACGUUGCGGAACGAGACGAGCGGGAGGGACGAGACGAGGGUCUUUUUGCUGGACGUGAACCCGUUCGGGACCAAGGUCGACCGCGGGACGGGCGAGAACGCCAUCGAUGCGCGCUGGAUCGAUGUCGAGACGGGCAUGUAUGUGGACAUUACAGCUUUGAUGGAGCGGGAUCCGGAGAACAGCCCGGGCGUGGUGAGCUGUAAGAAUUUUCACUGGUACAAGAUGGAGGAGCUGUAUCCGUUGAGGGAGACCGUGUUUGAGGGGGUCAAGGCCAUGGUGCCGCGCGAGUUUGAAAAGGUGCUGGUGGAUGAGUACGGGGCCAAGAGUCUGGUCGUGACGGAGUGGGAAGGGCAUCACUUUGACGCCGAAUUGAAGGAGUGGGUAAAG